AUGAUUCCAGUGUCAUGGAAGUUGUUUGCCGACACCGACGAGUUUGUAUUGGCAUCAGUCGUGGGCCGCAACUUAUAUGCUGAUCGUGCCGGUUUGGACAGUGGCCUGACGAUAGGAAUUGGCACCGAAACUCCGAUUUGUCCAUCCGUGGCCAAUGAAGACAAUUCCGAUUGGCCUAUGCGAGAUUGUCCCAUACCCUACGCAAACGGCGUCAACAGUCUCUUCUUCAAUGAGACCUUCUCCUCUGCUCCAUCACUCGCCAACUCCUCACCUUCGAAGAGGCCGUAG